AUGACCAUUUUAUUAACUCCACCACCAACUAUUGAAAAGACUGAGAGGAAAUCAUUCAAAAAUAGGCAAUACCAUCCUAAUGAUACUGAUAUUCAAAUUGAAACUCAAAGUAAAAAUAUCGUUCCAACAUUUUUAUUACCAAAAUUAAAGGAACUUGAAGAUAAAAAAUCAAACAAAUACAUAAAACCUUUUUAUACAAUUAAAAAGAAUAAACCACCUAAGAAUUCAAUCUUGGAUUUAAAUACUAAUAUUGAUAAAAAUAGUAAAAAUGACUCUAAAAAAUUAACUUUUCUAAAGAGUGUUUUUAAUAACUGUACAAAUAUUGUUAUGAUCACAGGCGCAGGCAUAUCAACAAAAGCAGGCAUCCCAGAUUUUAGAUCCAAUGAAAUUGGUCUAUUUAAACAAAGACUAACGGACUCUAAGAUUAAAGAUAACAAAUCAUUAUUCGAUAUCAAUUUAAUAUAUUCAUCGAAUGAAUACACAUUACAAUUCAAUAAACUGAUUAGAAAUUUACACAAUUUAUCCCAAUCUAAUACUCCAACUCCCUUCCAUUAUCUUAUAGAUAAUUUAAUUUCUAGAGGGCAGAUUAAAAGAAUUUAUACACAGAAUAUAGACUCUAUGGAAACCCAAUUAAAUUCCUUUAAAGAUUUGGAUCCAAUUCAAUUCUUUACUAAAUUACCAACAAAAUCACCUUACCCAAAACUAAUUCAAUUGCAUGGUUCAAUAAAUUACACUCAAUGUAAUAAAUGCCAUCAAAUCAAACCACUGAAUCCAUAUGAUUUUAUCACAGAAUUAGACACGUCUGAAACUAAAAUAGAUCAGAUUUUGAUACCGCACUGUUCUCAAUGCGAAGAAUUUGAAGAGGUUAGAAAGAUUGCCGGUAUUAGAUCUAAAGGUGUAGGUAUACUGCGACCAAAGAUUGUUCUUUAUAACGAGCUACAUCCAGAUGGUGAUGAGAUCGCUCGUAUAAUAAACUAUGAUAUUAAAUCUAAAAAAAUUGAUUGUUUAAUGAUUGUUGGUACCACUUUAGAGAUACCAGGUGUAAGAGACCUUAUUAAGGGAAUUAUUAAAAAUAUGAGACCACAAAGAUUACUAGGUAAAUUUGUCGUUAUCUUUAUCAGCAAUGAAUUACCAAAUAAUAAUAUUUUAAAACUGUUUGGAGAUGAUGGAAUAGAUUUGAUUGUUCAUGGUGAUUGUCAAGAUCUAGUUAAUUUAGUAUGA